AUGUUGAGGUCAGUCUUCCGAGCGGCACCAGCUGCUCUAUUUCUUUCGGUGCCGGCGUCUUCUUUCUCAGCUCUGUCUACCAAGCCGGCAACGCCGGCCAAGAUGCCGGACUCCGGAGAAGGCGUUUGCAAGCUGGACGAGUACCGAGGAGCCAACAACUGGAAGGGGCUCAUCCCCUCAGUCACGGAGCCCCGUGUCUGGGACGAGGGCUUCCGUUCGUUCCUACUCAAGUACGGCAUGUUCAACCACGUGGUGUACGACGUGUUCAUCAAGGGCGAGGACGACUUCAAGUCCGAAGAAACGGGGCUCCGCGGAAGGUCCCGCUUCGGCGACGACUUCACGGCCUUCUCCGAGAAGGGGCUGAAGUUCAACUACGUCAACAAGAAGGGAGAGAAGAAGCAGGAGUACGACUUCACCGAUGACUACACCAUCGUGGCCAACCUGGUGUGCAGUCCGGACUCGUUUUUCAGCGCCGAAGACAACUGGUUCGGCUUCAUUGGUCUCUCCAAGGACAAGAAAGAGAUGGUCAUUGUGUUCCGCGGGACAGAGACCACGAAGGAGUGGAUCGAGAACGCCACCCUUUUCAUGGAGCAGCUCGACGGCGAGCCCCCGGAGUCCGGCCUCGCCCUCCUCCUCAAUCGCGACACACUCAUGGUCCACAGCGGCUUCCAGCAGCUCUACCGGGAGAAAGCGGACCAGUUCCCAUCCCCCAAGGACAAGAUCUACGAGGUGAUCGAGGCCUUCAAGAACGACGACAAGGUUUCCAUCGAGAAGGUCACCGUUGUCGGACACAGCCUGGGAGCUGCCAUGGCCCAGCACUGCGCGGUCGACCUCGCGCACUCCCGCGUCCUAGGGGACGUUCCCAUUCUUGGCCUGGCCUGGGCCGCACCUAAGGGUGGCAACGCUGCCCUAGCAGCCUGGGUGGCGAAGCAGCCUAACCUGCGCAUCCUGCGGGUCAGGGUGCCCAUCGACUUCGUCACCAACGUCCCGCCUGACUGGAUGUGGAGCAUCACCACUGGAGGUUACAAGCACAUGGGCACGGAGAUUACCCUUGACAACACGCACUUGCAUAAGGCGGGGGUCGUCAAGAGCGACGACGGGAACAGCCCCAACCACAACCUUCAACAGUACCUCCACAACAUCGACCCCACCAGGGACGUGGCGCUAAUGAACAAGGUUGGCAACGUCAUUCCCGACGACUACUGCCGGAAGCACGGUAUCUCGCCCUCCUGGCACAGCCUAACCUUCCCGCGCACAGUCUACCGCUAGUGACCCAAGUGCGGCGCUACUGCAACCGACGGCCUUGUACGGCAAGGUCGGUCCCUCUUCGAUGAUUCGCCGAAACGGGCAACAAGAACUUGACGCUCUCUCCGCUCUUGGGAGAUGAUAAGUCAAGGCAGGAGGACCACGGAAAGGAAUGCGCCGGAGGAACCGAAGACGUGCUUGGUGUCUCUACAGACAUUGAUGGAAGGGUCCGAUUGAUAACGUGAUAUCAGCCGUCGUCGGACUUUUUUCGAUCGAUAAACCUUCCGUUUAUGGCGUCGUCGGCAGGGGACACAACCAACCUUGCCGGUUGGGAGCUACCGCCGCCGCCGUGUUUGGUCGUUACGCAGAAAUUGACGGAAGCGGAAGGAGGAGAAAUCUUUGCUCGUUUCGUUGCUCAUUUCUUCUCUUCCUUUCUGGACCCCCUGUCAGUUUGGUGGUUUAUUGCUGACCUUUGCUCAUCCUCCGUUUUGUUGCAGCGUGCAACGGUGUUGUUCUGUGGCCUACCGGCCACCACUAACCUUGCGAAUCCGUGCAUUUUUUUUUAGUGAAGUUUCACCUGUCUGUAAAGUCGUGUCUUUUAAAGUAGUGUGUGUUGUUUUUCCUGAAGCGCUCGGUUGUGCGGAGCAUCGUUCGGUUGGAGAGCUACGUACGGUCCCUUUUUUUAGGCUGUGUUUCCAUGAAGGGCGCGUUGGCCCGUGGGGCCGUUCCUUCCGUUCCGAGACAAGUUCAGCGUAUACCGUUAGAGUUAUCCAGCUCAUCGUGCGGCAUCAGAAAAUACCGAAAAUACAGUUGCGUAGACUACAGCAGCAGUAUUCCGUGUUACGUGCUAUUGUAUAACAACAGCGGUGUAGGCUUUUCUAGACGGUAAGAUGUUGUUCUCAUAGAGUUUCAAGAGAAAUAGAGGUCACGAGGAAGGGGAGGUCCCGGUACAUUAAUGACUCCCUCAUUGUUUUGGGUACCAUGCGUGACAUAAAAUGAGAGGAGUACCCUUCUCCAUAGAUCAUGUGGACCUCAGGGCGGCGACAACGGAGUCCUUAAGCGUGUAGCGGAUUCCCUUGCUUGUUGUUUCGAUUCACACAAUCGACGAAUAUAAUGUGCCGCUCAUGGGGCGGUCGUUAUUCUUUUUCCUGGUAUUUGUUGAUGAUAUAUAUAUUAUAUAUGCACCUUACGCAUGCU